UUGGCUGCGAGUCUUUGUGAGAGAGAAAGAGAGAGCGAGAGAGAGCCUCCGGUCCACGUCCCGCCAUGCAUCUGUGUGCUUAGCCGCCAUAGCGUCGAUGUGCUAAGGCUAAACCGAGCCUAGCUAAGCGUGCGAAUGUGCGCUGAGCCUACAAGACAUCCGGGCGCUGUGGAUGGAAGAUGGCGACGCUUAUCCUCGCUGGUGAAUGGGUCAAAAAUUGGGAGAAAUCAGGAAAACAUCAAUUUGUACAACUCUGCAAAGGACUAACAGAGAAAAUAGAUCAUGGAUGUCGGAUUAAAGACAUCCAGGCAGCCUUAUAUGAGCUCUGCUGGCAAGUUGUGCAGGGCAACCUCAAAUUGGACCUUGUCGCUAGUGUUCUCGGAGAGAUGAUGGAACUCAGAGAUGACAUGCCAUCGAUUUUAGCUGAUGUCUUUAGUAUUCUAGAUUUAGAGACUGUUGCACUGGAGGAAAAACACAAGCGUGACCAUUAUAUCCAAUUAGUGGGAGCGUGUUUGGUUUUUGUUCCCGAGGCCAUUUUGAAAGAGCGUCUAGAUCCAGAAACACUUGAAUCUCUUGGGCUUAUUAAGCAAGCCCAUCAAUUUAAUCAGAAGAUAGUGAAGAUAAAGACAAAGCUGUUUUACAAGCAACAGAAGUUCAACUUGCUAAGAGAGGAAAAUGAGGGCUACGCCAAACUCAUUACCGAGCUUGGCCAAGACCUGUCUGGCAACAUCACCAGCCACAUUGUUCUAGAAAGUAUCAAGUCUCUCAUAGGAUGUUUCAAUUUAGAUCCCAACCGAGUUCUAGACAUUAUCCUGGAGGUGUAUGAGAGUCGAUCAGACCAAGAUGAGUUCUUUCUGUCCCUCAUCAAGUCCUACAUGUGUGAGGCGCUGACUCUCUGCCACAUCCUUGGCUUUAAAUUUAAAUUUUAUCAGGAACCAAAUGAGGAAACCCCCAAGUCACUAUACCACAUUGCUGCUGCUCUACUUCAUCAUAACCUAAUAGAAUUGGAAGAUCUCUAUGUACAUCUUUUGCCACUUGAUGCCGCCAUUGUUGAGGAACACAAACUCGUCAUUUCCGAGGCCAAACAGAUCGCUCGCAAGCUAGUCAUGGUUGUGGUGCCUUCAGACAAAAGUGAAGACAAAGAAAAAGAGAAAGAAAAGGAGGAAGACAAGAUUGAGCAGCCACCAGACAACCAGAAGCUCGGUUUGCUGGAGGCACUUCUCAGGAUUGGUGACUGGCACCAUGCACAGAGCAUUAUGGACCAGAUGCCUCCCUUCUAUGCUACUUCUCAUAAAUUCAUCGCAUUAGCACUCUGUCAGCUGCUCCACCUGACUGUGGAGCCUCUUUACCGAGGGGCCGGCCUUCCAAAAGGUGCACGGGGACGCGUGAUGCAUCCGCUGCAGAACAAGCGCGCUCCGAAACCGGCAGAGAGCUUUGAAGACUUGCGGAGGGAAACAUUCAGCAUGCUAGGCUACUUGGGGCCUCACCUUGCCCACGACGCCAUUCUCUUCGCCAAGAUCGUGAGACUCGGCAAGGCGUUCAUGAAAGAGUACCAGAGCAACGAGAACUUGGAUAACAAAGACAAGAUGGAAGUACUGUUGAGUUGUUUCCUGAGCAUUGCAGACCAGGUGCUUCUCCCGUCCCUCUCGCUGAUGGAGUGUAACGCGUGCAUGUCUGAGGAGCUAUGGGGUUUCUUUAAGCUCUUUCCCUACCAUCACAGGUACCGCCUGUAUGGACAGUGGAAAAAUGAAACCUAUUCCAGCCAUCCCUUACUAGUAAAAGUCAAAGCAAACACUGUGGAAGGGGCCAGAUAUAUCAUGAAGCGGUUGACCAAAGAGAAUGUGAAACAAUCCGGAAGGCAAAUUGGCAAACUAAGCCACAGUAACCCCACCAUCCUUUUUGAUUAUAUGCUAUCACAGAUCCAGUGGUAUGACAACCUAAUUGGUCCAGUGGUGGAUUCCUUGAAGUACCUCACAUCCCUCAAUUACGAUGUCUUAGCCUAUUGUAUCAUUGAAGCUCUGGCCAAUCCUGAGAAAGAGAAGAUGAAGCAUGACGACACCACAAUCUCAUCCUGGCUGCAAAGCCUGGCAAGUCUGUGUGGAGCUGUGUUUAGGAAAUAUCCAAUCGAAUUGGCUGGCCUUCUUCAAUAUGUCACCAAUCAGCUAAAAGCAGGAAAAAGUUUUGACCUACUGAUCCUCAAGGAAGUGGUACAGAAAAUGGCCGGAAUUGAGGUCACGGAUGAUAUGACGUUGGAGCAGCUUGAAGCAAUGACAGGAGGGGAACAACUCAAAGCUGAGGGUGGCUAUUUUGGUCAGAUUCGGAACACUAAAAAGUCAUCGCAGCGUCUCAAGGAUGCGCUUCUUGAUCAUGAACUAGCCCUACCACUUUGUGUACUCAUGGUCCAGCAACGAAAUGGUGUGGUUUUUCUAGAAAGUGGAGAGAAAGAUCUCAAACUAGUUGGUCACCUGUAUGACCAGUGUCAUGACACGCUAGUGCAAUUUGGUGGCUUCCUGGCCUCCAACCUCAGCACCGAGGACUACAUCAAGCGCGUUCCUCCCAUUGAUGUACUUUGUAACCAAUUCCACACCCCGCACGACGCUGCCUUUUUCCUUUCCCGGCCAAUGUACGCCCAUCAAAUCUCGUCAAAGUACGACGAGCUGAAGAAAGCAGAGAAAGGUAACCGGCAGCAGCAGAAGGUGCAGAAAUAUGUGGCGGCGUGCGAACAAGUGAUGACGCCGGUGCACGAAGCGGUGAUGUCCCUUCACCCAGGCAGAGUUUGGGAAGACCUCCGGCCUCAAUUCUACGCCACCUUCUGGUCUCUUACCAUGUAUGACCUAGCUGUGCCUCACGCGGCCUACGAGCGAGAGGUCAACAAGCUCAAGGCUCAGAUAAAGGCCAUUGAUGAGAACCCUGAAAUACCCAUAAAUAAGAAAAAGAAAGAAAAGGAGCGCUGCACUGCUCUGCAGGAAAAACUGCAGGAGGAGGAGAAAAAGCAGCUGGAGCACGUCCAAAGGGUUCUCCAUCGUCUCAAACUGGAGAAGGACAAAUGGUUGAUGACCAAAUCUACCAAGAAUGAGACCAUAACAAAGUUUCUGCAGCUCUGUCUGUUCCCUCGCUGCACUUUCUCCUCCAUCGACGCUGUUUACUGUGCCCGUUUCGUGGAGCUGGUUCACCAGCAAAUGACGCCCAACUUUUGCACGCUUCUGUGCUACGACAGGGUUUUCUCAGCCAUCAUUUACACUGUGGCCAGCUGUACGGAGAACGAGUCACACAGAUAUGGCCGCUUCCUCUGCUGCAUGCUGGAGACGGUGACCCGCUGGCACAGCGACCGUGCUGUCUAUGAGAAGGAGUGCGGCAAUUAUCCCGGCUUUCUCACUAUCUUGCGAGCGUCAGGCUUCGAUGGAGGCCAACAAGCGAAUCCGCUCGAUUAUGAGAACUUCAGGCACGUGGUGCACAAAUGGCAUUACAUGUUGACAAAAGCUUCAGUUCACUGCCUGGAAACGGGAGAUUACACCCACAUCCGAAACAUCCUCAUUGUUCUCAUCAAAAUCCUGCCGUGUUAUCCCAAGGUUUUAAAUCUUGGCCAAGCGUUGGAGUACCGUGUCCACAAGAUCUGCCUUAAGGAGAAGGAGAAGAGGCCAGACCUCUAUGCCUUAGCCAUGGGCUAUUCAGGUCGGUUAAAAAGCCAGAAGUUGCGCAUGGUCCCUGAGAACGAGUUUCACCAUAAAGAGCCACCAGCACGCAAUGUCACUUCCACCAGUCAGCAGAACGGUCCGGGCAACACGGGCAAGCCUGCCGCAGCCAUGAUGAAAGGAGACGAUGUUUUUUCAGAAGAUGCUGAUCGGGGCAAGGACAAAUCUCAGACUACAAAGAUAGUAAACAAAGCCAACAGUGCAGCCGCUAAAGUGACCGCCAGUAAUGGGAAUGGUGCUCUUAACAGCACCAAAAUCAUAAAAGAGCGAGACGACAAAGAAAAGAGUGGCAAGGAGAAAAAAGAGAAAAAGGAAAAGACAGCCGGCAGUACUCCUGACACAAAAGCCGAGGCCCGCCGAGAAAAGCUGAGAGAAGAGAGAGCUGGCAAGGAUGAGCGGGCGCUACGCGAGGGUAAGGAGAAGACGCCCAAGGCGGAACGAGACAAAGUCAAGCCCGAGGAGAAGAAUAAAGAUGACAAGGCCAAAGCGGGCAACGGGGAGUCCGUGGAGCCUUCCAGGGAGCGCGAUGCCAUCAAGGAGUUGAAGAACAAGGAGAAAGCAGAGAGGAGCGCUGUGGCCGUCUCGCGCAAGUCACCAGUUCCCAGAUCAGAUUCAGCUGAAACAGAGAGGGAUCACAAAAGACGAAAGCUCGACAGUCACUCUUCUCCAUCCCACUCCUCGUCUGUUAAGGACAAUAGCAUCGAUCCCAAGGAGUCCACAUCCAAGUACCACCUCAACUACAUUGCACUAUCGCGGUCCAAGAGCAGAGAGAGGGAGCUGGAGAAGAUCGAUCCUGAGAAUGCAAUUGGUCGUAAAGAGAAGAGAGAAGAAAAGGAGCGCAAAGAGAGGAAGAGGGACGUCGUUGCGGGUGAGCGCGAAGCCAGCCUCGAACCCAAACGCAGAAAGGAUGAGAACGGGACCAACUCGUCCAAAAACAGUCAAAGCGAGAGUCCUUGCGAUUCGCCGUUGUCUGUGGAAAAGGAGAAGAGCAAAAGAUCCAAAUCAUCCAGCAAAGAGAAAGGCGAAUCUGUCAAGACCGAGCGAACCUCCACGGGAGGGAAAAAGGAAUCCCGACAUGACAAAGAAAAGAAAGAGAAGAGGGACAGCAGCGGAGGAAAGGAAGAGAAAAAACAUCAUAAGUCCUCUGACAAGCACAGAUAAUGUGCGUUAUGGGUGAAGGUAAGCCGCUUUCUUCAAAAGCACCAACGCGCCAUUGGCUUCUCCUUUUGACGUCUUCUCUUUUCGUCUGAUCCACCAGCAGACCUGCAAAGUCGUGCUUUUAACCGCAAGAUUUCAACACUUCCAUUUGCGCUUUGUCGACAUUAUUGCCAAUCUCCAUUCCUCCUGUUUCUUUUCCUUUUUUUUUUGUUUUGUUAUUAAAUGGCCUCCCACGUGCUAUCUGCUGGACUCUGUUACAAUUUGUAACCUGCAGAAAACAAGUCUGAAUUUGUUUGGUGGCCAAAGUGUUCGGCCCUAUUGACAAUGUUGAUAUUUAGUGACGUCACUAUAAGAAAUGACCUCUUGUAGCACAUAAUAGAUUUAGUGGUCUCAUGCUUUUUAAAAAGAAAAUGUCUUCAGGCUUUGCUUUUGCUCAUUUUAUUGGCAUUAAAACACUUUCCAUAUUCACGAAGCUCAUAUCCCACCAAGAUACUUUUAUUUAUUUUUUUCGCCGCCUUUAAGUGAUUUAAGAAGAGACAAUUUUGUAUAUUGUGUAAAAUAAUAAACACGGUAACAUGAAAUUCAUGUCAUUUUUAUUUUCUCCUUCCGCUCCUUAUUUUAUAUGCUGCAGUGUUUCCUCUUGUGCUUGUGUUGAUUAGGUUUUACAUAAUUUAUAAAUAAAUGGCAGUUGGUUUUAAAUUGUUAAAUAAAUGGCAGUUGGUUUUAAAUUGUUGUACGGCAUAAAUGCGAAAACUGUUCUCCACAAUGGAAGCUGCUUUGGAGAUUUUAUCUGCUGUGCUCAAUGAGUGUUUUUUUAAUUGUUUUUUUUUUUUUUUUUUU